AUUUUUCUUUUCUAAAGAACAUAUAUAGUUAAUUGAGAUGUCCUUUGAGUCUGCUCCUUGAAUCAUUGCAAUAGAGAAAAGAGUUCUUCUGUUUUAUUCAACAGAAAGAUAUUUUGUUUCUUGAAUUUGCACAAGGCUCAAAUAAUUUUAUUGAAUUUGGAUAUAAUCCGAACAUCAACAAACUAAGACAUGUACCUAUCUGCUGAGAUGCGAUUAUUUGAAAUCAUCAUACUCUUAAGUAAUGUACUGUUUGUCUCCUUGAAACUUGUUAUCUACAAACUGUCGCCAAUAGGCACUUUAGUAUGCGAUAGAAUGGGGAUUGCAGUUCAAACUUGUUUCCCACAAUGCGAUUCCUUACUAUGAUGUCUUUAAUGCAAAGUAUGGCAUGGGAAAUGAGGCGUCAACCCUGGGUGAUAUGUACAGCUAUGGCAUUCUCCUAUUGGAGAUGUUCACAGGCAAGAAACCAACUGAUAAUAUGUUUGAUGAUAAUCUGAGUCUCCGCAACUUUGCUAAGAUGGCUUUGCCUGAACAAGUAGCGAGCGUUUUUGAUCCAACUUUGUUUCAUGAAAGGGAAAAGGGAGAGGCUGCCUCAAGCGUCGAGAAUGCACAGAUCCAAAGCUUUGCUAGUAGUCACCAAAUUAACGAGUGCUUGAUUUCAAUACUCAAAGUUGGAAUUGCCUGUUCAGAGGAAGUUCCGAGAGAUCGAAUGUCCAUUAUUGAUGUUAUUACUCAGUUUCGUCAGAUCAGGAACACUCUUCUUGAAUUACAGGUGGACUAUGUGGAGAUGUCAUCAUCAGUAGGUGCUUGAGGUCCGAUCAAUCUUGAAGAAGUUGGUAGACUCAAAAAAAUCUAUGCAUGUCCCGCGUUGCAUUUUUCAAAAAUAUUAUCCCUACUUUUUCGCAUAUUACUUUUGUUUUUCCUUUUUUGUAUUUGGCUUGGUAUUGGUCAUUUCCUUCUUUCAUGUGAUAUCUCUAGUAUCUACUGUGCAAUUUUUCUGGUUCAAGUGUACUUUAAGAAUGCUAUGGCUUGCAAUGGAUAUUAUUUCUUAAAAAAGAU